AGUCAUUCCAAAAUAUUUAUUCAUGUACAAUUUGGCGAUAUAUAUUAAUUCUUGUUAUUUAUUCAUGCAUGUUACACAUUUUUGUUUUAUUCAUACUUCUACGCUAUUCUCUCUCUAUAUUUUGUACACAUAUAAUUAUGUUAUUUCAGAUAAAGGUGUGUUUUUUGAACUUCUAUGAUCGUUGGCAAUUUUGAGACCUAAUCCAAUCAUUUGUUUCUCUUUGUUCCAAGUGGAUAUACAACCUUGUCUAAACGGUAAUAUUUUGCGUUAUUCCAUAGGCUGAUGAGAUCGAUCGACAAUCUAACUAUAGUUUUCACGUAACGCAUUCGUAGACAAGGAUGGAUUGGUUUCGAAAAUUCAAUUGGCGUGUUACCGGAUGCAUUGCCAUGUGGUACACGCUGAAUUGUAUCUAUGUGGUACAGCAAAAGGAAUUCUUGAACGUUUUGCCUUUAGGGGUGACCUUUAGUGCGUGUCUUAUGAUUAUGGGUGCAUUAUCGAGUCUUUUGUAUUGGGCUGUAGGAUACAGGCCACUUCCUAGAUUCAAGAGUUGGAAACGUGCUCUUACGGCCUUGGUUCCAUUGGCUAUAUGUCAUUUAUUGGUUAACUAUGGAGCUGUCAUUUCCAUGGGUCUCGGUGCUGUAUCUUUUACUCAAGCUGUAAAGGCUGGGGAACCAGUACUCACUGCUUUGCUGUCCAUUAUAUUCCUUCGUGAGUUUUUGAACCUUUAUGCUUAUUUAUCUUUGAUUCCCAUUGUUUGUGGAAUUGCUUUAGCUUCAGUAAAAGAGAUUGAUUUUAAAAUUUGGGCCUUUUUAUUUGCGAUGGUUUCCAAUUUAGGUAGUUCUAGCCGUUCGAUUAUCGCAAAGGUUACGAUGAAGAAUAAGGAUGAAAUUGGCGAACAUCUUUCUGCGCCUAACAUUUAUUUGAUAUUAACCGUUAUUUGUGGUAUCAUAUCAGUUCCUAUAGUGUUGUGUACCGAGGCAUAUAAGUGGAAAUCUGUUUGGGAUGAGCACACUGCUAAUUUGACUGGGAGGGACAUAUCAAUUUUGUUAUUGAGGGGUUUUAUUGCUUGUGUAUCGUACUUUGUAUACAAUGACUUCUCCUUCUACUGUCUAGGUCAAUUGAAUCAAGUGGGUCAUUCUGUGGCUAAUACUCUGAAGCGUGUAUUCGUUAUCACCACUUCUAUUAUUGUCUUUAAAAAUCCGGUGACUCCUUUAGGAUACGUUGGGAUGGCAAUGGCAGUUAUUGGUGCUUUGUUCUAUUCCCUAAGCAGCAAAGGAUUUUUCAAUAAAAAAGUCACUAAGGCAGACGAUAAAGAUCUCGAAUUGGGCAAAGAACCAGACCAGGCGACGUUCGGUGAUCCACCAGUGUCGCAAGAAACGUCAAAAACUACUUCCUGAUAGGUUGUUGAACAUAUUUGCAUCACUGACUGAAAUGAUGUCGAUGGAUUGCAAUGAACCUAUAAUACCUUUAAAUUAUAUAUAAUCCC